GCAGACCAGAGACGCAAGACGACGACUACGACAACACGACGACGACGACGGUGACGGCACUCGACGGGCCGUUCGAAGCAGCACAUUGUGCGCCGCGCGCUUUAGUGCACGCGCACGCACGCACCUACGUACACGCGCGCGCGCGCUUGGUGUGUCUCCCGCCUCCUCGGUUCUCUUAUUCCUCGCGGAGGCACGUUGCGGAAUUUUUCGGCAGUCGGUGACAGUGACUUCGUAAGGUGACAGACAUUCGUGCGGGACGAUGUCGACGGCGCAGGCCGGCAAAGUGGACGAGCAGGUUUCCGCGUGCAAGCCGAAGCAACUGAACGGCCGCGGCUGCAACAAGAGUGAGGAGCUACAGCUCGAGGACAUUAACGACAACAACAAUGACGAGGCCAUCGAAGUGGAGAUGGUGGUACCACCCGACGGAGGAUGGGGAUGGGUGAUCGUAGCGGCCUCUUUCAUGUGCAACCUCUUCGUGGAUGGUAUCAUCUUCAGCUUCGGCGUUUUCCUGAACGACAUCGCGAACGCGUUCGCCGUGUCGAAGGCGAGAGUCGCGCUAGUUGGCUCGUUGCAGACCGGAUUUUACCUCAUGGCUGGUCCCUUCGUGUCAGCUCUCGCUAACCGAUAUGGCUUCAGGUUGGUCGCGAUAUUAGGCAGUGUCUUGAGCUGCGGCGCCUUCGUUCUUUCGUACUUCAGCACCUCCAUCGAGUACCUUUACAUCUCCUACGGCUGUAUCGGCGGCAUCGGAGCGGGACUAAUAUACGUGCCGGCCGUGAUCACGACCGGAUUUUACUUCGAGAGAUGGCGUGCCCUGGCCACGGGUAUCGCAGUGUGCGGUUCUGGUAUCGGCGCGUUCCUCCUCGCGCCGAUCUCCGAUCUACUCGUGAAGAACUUCGGCUGGAGAGGCGCGCUGCUCUUUCAAGCGGGCAUGCUGCUGAAUUGCGCUAUAUUCGGUGCCAUGUUCCGGCCCUUGAAGCCGACGAGGAUAAAGGUGAAGCCCGCCGUGGAAAACGCCGCACUCGAGGUGAAGAGCACGUUGAUGGGGAAGGGCGUGUCGACGGCCUCGCUGCACUGCAACGUGCAACCGAAUAGAAGCGGCUUCUUUGGCACGAAUAAUAACACGGAAUACCCGACGGCGGCCGAGUUGCUCGGCAGCAGCCCUAAUAUUGUGAACGCGUCCAAGUCCCUGCACUCGCUGCACAAGGUGCACGUGGAGGACGCUCAGGAUGCUUUGGAGAAGGUGAGCAGCUCGGAGAAACGGCUGUCCGUACCGGUCUACUCCGAUCUGGACGUUGUAAAUAAUGAAGAAAAGAUCGCCGAGGAGAACAAUCUGCUCAGCGGCGAUCUGGAGCGGCUGAACGGCAAAGUGCCGACGAGAUUGAUUUAGACGAUUCAAUGACAACGAUUUUGACGUGAAUGACAAAGAUCGCCCUGAUCAGCCGAGAAAAUUUGAAGAUGGGGUAUUACCGGAAGAAGAUUCUUAAAAGGUUAUCGGAAACAUUAAAUGUUGAUGAGUCAACCGUUAGCAAACGUUUAAAAGCGAUAGGAAUGAUCCAGAAACUAGGAAACUGGGUCCCACAUGAAUUGAG